AUGAGAGUGACACUUAUACCAUUGUCCAAAUUAUUUCGAUUUGUGAAUAAAGAACUUUCAUCUAAUGUUGGUGAGACUUUAGCAGUCUUAUUGAAUAUAACAUUUAACAAUUUGGUAGAAUUAAUAAUAAUUAUAAUUGCAUUGGUUAAUGGUCAAAUUCGCAAUGUCAAAGCAACUAUACUAGGAUCUAUAUUCUUUUGUAUACAUUUAUUAGGGUUAUGCUUUCUCAUUGGUGAGAUUAGCUCUUUUGAUAGACAUAAAUUGCUUGAACAUAAUUUUAAUUCAUCAAUUGCACGAAUGAGUUCUAGUUUGAUGUUAUUGGCAUGUAUUGCAUUAAUUUUACCUGCCACAGCUAGUAUUUUUAUCAAUAAAAGCUUUACCUUAUCCAACAAUCAAGUUGAUGAUAGAAUCAUGAAUAUAAGUUAUGGGACAUCAAUAUUAAAAACCUAUAAAGCUCUACUUGUAAAAAAAGAAAAUGAAGAAAGUAGUGAACAAAAAUGUGAAAAUAAAAAACAAGAAAUAGAAGAACAAACAAAUGAAAGAGAAGAAAAUGAAAUGCAUAUAAAUGGAGUUGUUAUAUCUUUAAGCAUAAGCCAAACAUUUAUUGGGAUAAUUUUGCUGCCUAUAUUUAGUAAUAUUGCUAAGAGUAUAGCUUCUAUUACAUCUGCGGCUGAAGAUAAAAUGAAUGCAGUUAUUAUAACUUCUCUUGAAAGUUCAAUU